GGAAAUCUCGAAAGGCGCCUGUUCAUCCCUUCGCUUUGAUGUUAAUUGGCUGAAGGCAACAUACACCGCUCUGAAACGAGUCGAUACAUAUACUCAUACUUGAUAUUCGAUUGGACAUUGGCCUGUAAGACUCCGAUGAGUAAGCUUCUUGAACCUUGGUACAGCCCUAAGAGAUAUGCAGUAUGGUUUCAAAUCAAAUUCUUUUGUUAAGUUGUGUUGGUUCCCUCGGCGUUUUCGAAUCCUCGUCAUUUAAAGGGUGUUAUUUCCAAGGUUCGUAAUCUAGAUAGACCAAGAUGUGAUGGAUUUCCUAAUGUGAAACGACACAUCGGGCUGAGCAAAUCGGAAUAUAUCUAGGAGGGCGAUCGCUCGUGUUCAACUUGCUCAUACUUUAGAAAGGCAAGGAACAAGUAUCUGCCCGUCGGCCUGUUAUUUAAUUUCCCGCGGUCUGUACUGGCCUGGCCGCGCGCGAGACAAUGCCCACUAAAUCCCCUCUUAUCCUCAUUACACCCCCUCCUUGUUGUAACUUGUGUACUAUGUGUCCCUGAUGUUCUCACACUCUUCCCGGACGGUCAGGGUCAGCGGUAUACCUCUCGACAUCGAAGAGGAGGAUCUGGCUGAUUAUUGGAGGCCGCGAUCCAAAGGUUCUUCAAGUAAGCUACUUCGGCUUGUUAGACGCCUCGUAUCUCUCCAACAUCAGGCAGUCUGUAACUUGGACCUCCCAAUCGUUUCUUUGGCGCCGCAAAAUCAAUACCAGACAGGAACCAUUACCUUCCCAUCCAAAGCUCUUAAAAGACAUGCUCUUAGAAAACCCGGGAAAUGGAAGUUAGAUGAUGAGUUCAACUGGAUGACAGUACUUUACGCCGCAGCCGAGCCUGAUAUAGACAUCUGUGCCAUCCACGGACUCAACGGAAACGCAUUCGAUACUUGGGCUGCAGAAAAUGGACACAUGUGGCUCCGCGACUUUCUACCUCAGCAUACUCGCUUCAAGAACUCCCGCAUCAUGACUUUCGGAUACAGUUCUCUCCUUCGAGACAGCAGGAACGGAGCCGCCCUAGCUGAAUGGGCUCAUAGUCUCCUCCAAUCCAUCGUAUCCCUUCGGAAGUCCCACCCUGAAUGUACUCGUCCCAUGAUAUUCGUAUGCCAUUCGCUUGGAGGACUUGUUGUUCGCGAGGCGAUGAUCCAGUUGCACGAUUUCCCCAACCGAUACCACGGGCUAAGUGUAAAGCAGUGUGGCCUCAUCUUUCUCAGUACACCCCAUUCCGGAGCUAUUGCCGCAGAUUGGAACGAAUAUCUGGUUGAACUAGCUGAACGAGUUGGCAAAGUCCGAGGACAUGACUUCGCUUAUAUGCUAGGUUCCUUCAAUAGGGAGUCAAGGAGGGCCAAAGAGCGUUUUAAGCUGAUCAACCCUACACCUCCAUACUUAUGCCUUGCUGAGACGCGUGAGACGAAUAUUCGAGGAUAUGCAAGAAUGAUUGUCACACUCGAUUCUGCUGGCUUAAAUGGCGAGCCAGCACAAGGCGUCGAUGGUGCCGACCAUAGAACGAUCUGUCAAUAUUCUCGGGACACAGACGCAGGUUAUAUCCAGAUAGUAGAGUGUCUGGAGAACAUUAGUGAGAGACUAAGGAACGAUGAACUGAGCACCAUAGUACUCUCUCGUAACUUAUUGUCCCCUAAUACUCGCGGUAGAAGCAACAUAUCCGGUACUCAAACUUAUAAUGGACGUGGUGGUCGAAUAUAUGGUGGCAACGCGCAGGGUGGUGACGCUCGAGGUGGUGAUGCAUGGGGAUCCGGUGCCCAAGGGGGCAAUGCGCAGGGUGGAAAUGCUUUCGGCGGUAACUCGAAUGGUAGUUAUAUUCGCGGCGGUAAUGCUCGUGGCGGCGAUGCAGGAAGUUUCCAGGUAUGGUAAGAGGUUUAGAUACGGAAUAUACGAGAAGACCAGAUAACUUUCCAUGAAUAAAUGUAGACCUUUCCAACAGGGUAGCACCUCAAAGUGAUGAUACUAAUGAUA